AUGGCCACACAAGUUUACCAGACCUUCACCAGCAGCCAAGUUCUUGACAACAUGCUCGUCGACGCUGCAACGCUAUUUAAUGAAAACUAUGGAACAUGGGGCGAGAAAGCCUCUAAACCAGGAUCCCCUGUUCGCCUGAGCGCUUCUCGACUUCGAAAGCAAUAUCUACCCGAUGAUUCCCAGAGCUCCUAUACUCGGGUGCUUGUGGAUGGAGUGCUUGCUGGCAAUGCCUUCUUCUGCCGCUGGAACUGUGCAGGCAAGACUGUCUGCUGGGUUACCCAGCUCGUGGUUAGCAAGGAGUAUCGUGAGCGUGGGCUCGCAGGCGGCCUGUUGAGGGCGCUGAAACAGGACAGCGACAACAUAUUCGGCAUUAUGAGCUCUCACCCAGCCGCAUGUCUUGCAGCGGCGGCGGCAUUCGCAACAACUAUCGAAAAGGUGUCUCUUGACUUCAUUAGAGAGAACGCGCAGGGAGUCAUGGGACUCUCGCCAAUAACGUAUAUACGGGAUGCAAAGCUGUGCGGAACUAUCUUUGACGCCAACGACGUAACCGGACUCGUCUCCGGUGUCGACACCGGGUUCUUCGUUGAUCAUGAAGAACCUCUAGACGCAUUAGAAACUAUUCGCGAAAGCCUGCAGUGGCCAUUCGGGGAUCUCCCAGAUGGCCACGAAUAUCUACUGAUUGUUCCUGGCAAGACUCGUCGAUCUAGGUCUCGAUCAUCGAGUGGGCGCAGCGAUGUCUCGGUUGCAGAAGCUUAG